AUGAUGUUCAUUGACAGUCCCAUGCUUACUCUCUAAUUAAUUGCAAAAUAUCAAUUUUGAUAAAAAAUUAAUAAAAUAAUUACUUUAAUAAUAAAGAAAAAGUCACAUAAAUAAUUAGUGAAUGGGGAAUUAGAGCUCUUUAUUCUCUUCCAAUUCUUUUUAUAGUGUUCCUCUCUUGAACAAUUGUAUUUUUCUUUUACAAAGGCUAUAUUUUCCUUGUCCAAUGCACCCUACUUAAUUCGAUUGUGUACAUCUCUUUUCAUACAAGUCUAUUUCUCAUGUAUUGGAGCUACUAUAAAGCGAUUACUACAGAUCCUGGGACUAUCCCUCCAAACUUCAAAAUUACCAGCAGCUCAUCAUCUCUUGAAGAAAACGAUAGAAUAAAGGAAGAACAAUAUUGCGGAAAAUGCGAGAUGGAGCGACCUAGCAGAUGCCAUCACUGCCAUAUAUGUAAUAGAUGCAUCCUCAAAAUGGAUUAUCAUUGCCCAUUUAUUGGAAACUGUGUUGGGUUCUUCAAUAUCAGGUACGUUUGCCAAUUUAUGGUUUAUGCAUCAAUUUGUUCAAUAUUUGUAGGAUCAUGCUGUGGGCAUUUAUUUGUCGUAAAUGAAGGAGAAGCUUCAAUUUUCACAAUGUGUGGGAUGCUAAGUGGGUUAGGAUUAUCUGCAGCGCUGCCAGCUUUGGCAGCUUUUGACUGUUGACUUAUUGUCAAUAACAGGAGUGUGAUGGAAUUGCAAGAAAAUACUUUUGAUAAUAAGUAUGAUUUAGCCCCCUUUUAGAUUAGAACAGGUAAAAUUUUCAUUUUUAAGACUUUAACCCCUUUAAAAUUGUUUUUAUUUUCACUAGGGAAAUUUUAUAGCUGAAAACGAUAAUUUUCAAAAAUUAAUAAUAACUAUAAUAUAAUUUUUAAAAAAAAAAUAUUAACUCUUUGAAGUGGAACAGGAUUUUUGUUCCAAUUUAAAGUGGAGGUGUUAGGAGAUGGCAAAAAGAACAUAUGGCAGGUUUGUGGAAAAAGUAUCCUUGGAUAUAUACUGCCAAUAAAUACUAAAUAUGAAGGAGAUGGUAUUAAUUACGAAAUCUCAGUAAAUUAUUGCCAGGAAGAGCUAAAGGAAACAGAAAAAGCCUCAGAAGAGAUCUAA